CAGAACUUACCUAACUGCACCCUAUGCGUGCUAGCUUUCUUCCGGGUCUCCGGUCGGCUUUUACUUCGAGAUAGAAAUUAAGCUAUGUCUUACGAAUACAAGGUCAAGUUGUCUCCGCUAGGCUGCCCGGCACGACUUACCCAAUGCGGACAAAUAUCACGGCGAGGAGAAGAAGGGGUAGACAGCAAUCAGUACUCAACAGAGCCAUAGUAAUCGCCGGUCGGUGCUUUCCUCGUAUUGUUGCACAUAGUUCAAUGAUCUUUAAAUAUCCAACGGUCCGUUCCUAAGUUUUCCGAUCACAGCAUCUAAUCGAAUAUCUCACAUCACCAACCAUGUCUCAGAAAUACGUACCUCUUACCAUCAUCAAAGGCGCAGGCCAGGAGUACAUCCCCAUCCCAGAUGGCGAGAGCGCAAUGGUCGCAGACUUCCACUCCAUCCGAACUCAAACCACCGACUCUCCCACCUACAUAACGUCUGGCUUCUACCGCGUUCAAGCGGGCCCCGUACGCGACAUCCCUCAAUUUGAAUCUGAAGAGUCCAAAUACGUUCUCAACGGCCAGAUCGACGUCUUGGACGAGGCAACAGGUAUCAUGCAUCACCUUGUUGCAGGCGACUUUGCUUUCUUCCACAAAGGGUCAAAGGCGCAAUUUUCAACAAAGUCUGGGGGCACAGCAUUUUUCGUUGUGACUAGACCGAUCGUCGCUCAACACCCUGGGCUGAAGGGCAGGGAGGAGAAGGUGCAGUCGAAGCUAUAGGCUGGUCGACAUCUGUUUUGUCUGAGAGCAAUAGAGAGUAAGCGGGAGGCAUAAUUGUUCAUCGUGGGCAAAGGGAACCCGACGGAACGUUAUUGAUGUAUUUAAUGGCCUACACAUGAAGUCUUGAUGAAAAAUAGACU